AUGACACUGGCCUACCUGGCCACCAUGGCCACGAGCUCCGUGUUGGCGGCAUCGACCGAGCAGCUGUUCACUUUUUCCACAUCAGUGAAUAUUGAGAACAGCAUCUUCCGCCCUAACGGCCACCUCCUCCUGACCACCUUCGACAACGGCCGCCUCUACACGCUCGACCCGUCGUUGGCCUACCCCGAGGCCGAGCUCAUCGCCGCCCUCCCUGGUGCCACCGCCAUCACAGGCAUCGCCUCCAUCGGCACCGACAAGUAUGCCGUCGCAGGUGGUAUCCGCGGCAGCUACCACUACGAUAACGAGACCAUCUACACCGUCGACUUUGCCGGAAACGCCAACGCCACCAUCGCCAUCGUCGCCACCGUCCCCGACGCUUCCCUUCUGAACGGCAUGGCUUCCCUGCCCGCCAACCCGCACAUAGUCCUGGUUGGUGACGCUGUCGAGGGCUGUAUCUUCCGGGUUGACACUACGGCUGGCACAUCAGAGGUGGCUUUCUCCGACGAGUUGCUCACUGUCCCGGCUAAUGCGACGCUCCCGCUUGGUGUCAACGGAUUGAAAGUCAACGGGUCGUAUGCGUAUUUCACUAACACGGCGCGCAAUAUCUUCGCACGAGUGCCUAUUAGUGAUAUGGGGGACAAAAUUGGUGACAUUGAGGUUAUUGCUGAGGUGAACGCUGACGCUAUUUCCGCGGGAUACGAUUGGGAUGAUUUCGUGCUGGAUGCGGCCUCGGGGAAUGCCUAUGUGGCCCAGUCAAGCAGUGAGCUAGUCAAGGUUGCGUUGCUAGAUGGGGAGCAGACUAUCGUUGCGGGUGGAGCGAAUAGCUCGGCUUUGGUUGGGCCCACGUCGGUUACUCUGACUGAGGAUGGAAAGACGGCCUAUGUCACUACCCGAGGUGGUACGGUGAAUUGGGUUGUGUACUACGGCCAGGUUGUUGAGGUGCAGCUUUAG